UUCUCUUCUGGCUACGGACACUCACCUCGUCGUCGGACCGCCACCGCCAGGCAAAAUGAAACCCCCUUGACCCCUUCCGCCAAGGGAAUGGCUAUGGCUCCCCUCUUCGCCGCCGCCUCCCACGCGUCCCUUCUCGUCCCUUCCCCCCUUCCACCCUACCGCCGCCCGUCGUCGACGAGUGGGGCGAGCCGCGAGCCAGGGACGCACGAGCCCGAGCCUCCCUCCGCCGCGGACCCGCCUAGCCCUGCCGCCGACGACGAGUGGGGAAAGGAGCCGGCACCGGCGCCGCCGGAGCCGGAGGGAGGCGACGAGGAGGCGGAGAGGAGGGAGGAGUUGAAACGAUGCUUGGUGGACACGGUGUACGGCUCCGACUCGGGUUCCGGGCGUCCACGGAGGUCAGGGGGGAGGUCGUCGAGCUCGUUGCCCAGCUCGAGGCGGCCAAUCCCACGCCCGCGCCCGUCGAGGCUCCGGACCUCCUCGACGGCAACAGGAUCCUCAUAUAUACAGCAUAUUCUGAGCUUCUGCCUAUUCUAGCUGCUGGGGCAACACCUUUCGUCAAAGUAUAGCAAAUAUCCCAAUAAAUUGACUCAAAAAACAUGACAAUAGUCAAUGCUUCAACCCUUUCAACUCCAUUCGCUUCAUUUUCAUUCAGCGCAACUGCCACUUUUGAGGUUCAAAGUCCGUCAAGGAUAGAGGUACAUAAUUGAUUGUCAUGCAACCCUUUGCAGCAAGCAUUCGCUAGCAUUGUAGGCACCAUUUCUGGGCAGCCACAGAGGCCGGUCCUGGCUCUUGACAACCUACCUGGACAAAGACUUCAGGAUCUCGAGAGGCGAUGGAGGCUUGUUAAUUCUUGCGAAAGAGGGAGCCCUUUGCUAGAUCAAUUGUAAAUCUGUGAUAGGCCACGAUGGAAGAGGAGAUAUAUCAUUAUUCAGAAGUCAGAACUGCACAGAACUAAAUAGAAGAGUGCCACAUUCUUUACCUGUCUAUUGAACAAGCUUAUUUGCAUCGAUAUAUGAAUUGCGAUAAAAUCUCAGCAACGUGUAUUGAGUCGACUAGCUUUCUUGUGUCUUUCAAGAGACAAACUGUGAUUGAAUUGAUACAACCUAUCACAUUUUGUGCA